AUGUCCGAUGCGUCCGAAUCUAGUUAUCUCGACAGGAACGCUACGUCCGUUUAUUUCCAAAACAAUGCAUCACACAUCGGUUACAACAGAAAAAGAAAAGCUUCAUACAAUGAGAAGAUUUCAUCGGACGAAAAGGAUUUGUAUUCACCGCAACUCUCCAGCACUCUGAACGAUUCAAUGGAGUUAGUCAAUAAAGAUUUUGCCAAUAGGAAGUUCAGUUCGGUACCGAACACUCCCGAACAACACGUCAAGCACAACCGAGGAGAGCCGGUGCACAAGCGAGCCAACACCAGCAGCUUCGUGAAGCAUUUCUCCCAAAUCGGCAUCCACAGCCAAUCGCCUCUUCGCCGAGAAGCCUACGAUAUACUCUACCCCGAGCUGCCCAGCCUCGAGCCCGCCAAGCGACCGCAGACGCCUUCGAACGGCGACAAAACGGGCCCCAACCCGGCGAAGAAGCGCCUCUUCCAACCGGCCCGCAUUCGACCGCUCACCCAAAUCCUCUCCAACACCCUCAUCAUGAACAAGAUCCUCAGGCAACUCUCCAACGGCGACCUCUACCGCCUCGCCAAAGUGUCCACGCGCUUCCGCAACGCCAUCGCCAACGACUUCGAGGCCUAUCCCCGCUACGUCGAGUUCCUACGCGCCUACAAACACCAGAAGGAAAACUACAAAAUCACGCCGCCCAAUUCGCCCGAAACCGUUCACAAAACCGACCCCGACCUCAACCCCGAACUCGAAAACUUCAACUACUUCUGCGAGUUCGCCAAAAUCCUCAACAAGAACCAAUCGUUGGUGAAGUGUCCUCGAUGCCAGAGGGCCUCGAUCGUAGACAACGACAUCGCCCAAUGCCAGGACGUCAACCGAUGCGGUUACAUAUUCUGCAAGCGCUGCAACAGCUUCGCCGAUCAUCCCAAAGACUUCGUAGACAAGUGCAACAACGCCCAGCUGCUCAACGCCUCAAAAUCACGGAACCUGUUGGGAGAUUUGAGCAAUUCGCCGAUAACGAGCGACUACGGUACGGGCAAUUCGAGUUCGUUUUUCUCGUCUUCGUUGACCCUCAGCUCGUCCUCGUCGUGCAUUCUGUCGGAGUGCGAGGCUUCGACGCCGAAGGAGCGCGUCAGAAGGAACCUGUCCAAGUCGCUGUUGCUCUCCUCGGAGAUGAAGAUAUUCUGUUCGAACGCUCGUAAUGAUUCGCCGCAGAGGAGGAAAUCGCAACGGAGGGCGUCGCUGGUGCCGGUGGUGUCGCGGGACGGGGAGAAGAGGCCCGACGCGGACGUGAUGGAGCCCUCGAGCCCGCCGAAGGUGAAAAUGUAUUCGGUGUGUUCGAAGCAGAGCAAGAGGAAUUUGAAGAGAUUGUGA